ACAGCAGCAGAGAGAGCGAUUCUCCUCGUCCUGAAACUGCGUCCUUUGAGAUCCCUAGCUGAGAAAUGCCUGCGCAGAAGGUUGAGACUGGUCACCAGGAGACUGUCCAUGAUGUGGUCAUGGAUUACUAUGGCAAGCGCCUGGCCACUGCUUCGUCGGACAACACCAUCAAGAUAGUGGGAGUGAGCAACUCGGCCUCGCAGCAUCUUGCGACGCUGACUGGUCACCAGGGCCCUGUUUGGCAGGUUGCUUGGGCUCACCCCAAAUUCGGGUCUUUGCUUGCUUCUUGCUCCUAUGACGGGCGCGUCAUUUUGUGGAAGGAAGGGAAUCAGAACGAGUGGACACAAGCUCAUGUUUUCGAUGACCACAAAUCGUCUGUCAACUCAAUUGCUUGGGCUCCUCAUGAACUCGGUCUUUGUUUGGCUUGUGGUUCUUCUGAUGGGACUAUCUCAGUUUUCACUGCUAAAGACGGUGUUUGGGAGACCACAAAGAUUGACGAAGCUCACCCGGUUGGUGUCACCUCUGUUUCCUGGGCUCCCUCAACAGCUCCUGGUGCUCUUGUUGGUUCUGGUCUGCUUGACACUGUUCAGAAGCUGUGUUCUGGUGGUUGUGAUAACACUGUAAAGAUCUGGAAGCUUACUAAUGGUGCUUGGAAGAUGGACUGUUUUCCAGCUCUUCAGAAGCAUGAUGAUUGGGUUAGGGACGUUGCUUGGGCACCUAACUUGGGUCUACCAAAAUCUACUGUUGCCAGUGCAUCACAGGAUGGUAAAGUUAUCAUCUGGACUGUGGCCAAGGAUGGGGAUAAAUGGGAACAUAAGGUGCUGCAUGAUUUCAAGGCACCUGUUUGGAGGGUCUCAUGGUCACUUACUGGGAACAUAUUGGCUGUGUCUGAUGGGAACAACAAGGUGACAUUGUGGAAGGAAGAAGUUGAUGGGGAGUGGCAACAGGUGACAACAAUUGAGCCAUAAAAUCUUAUUUUCAAAAUUUUGCUUAUGUUUAUUAGAUUAUUUCCAAAAUGUCUCCUAUAAACAUAGACAUAAAGACGUCUUCUGAGAUUUUGAUAAAUUGAGUACUGUUGAUUGAUGUCGAUCAACUCUACAUUUCCUACUGUACUGCACUUGGGAUACAUAUGGGAUCAAUUUCAAAGUUUUGUUUUCUCUGAC